AUGGUCCACCAUGAUCCCAAACAUGUUGCCAGCAUAAUGCUAUCCUGGCACUCGCUCGAUCUCGUCACCUUUACUACCCUCCAAAGCCUGUGGGCAGGGUAUGGACAAAUAUGUGCCAUCACCGCGCGGGCGACCACCGAUACGGCGGCAGAGCAUCUGAGCAAGCUUUGCGGUGUGGAACCAGGAACUGCUGGAUCAACCUAUAAUCUCAUUUUGAAACUUAUUUCGCCCCCAACAGAAAGCACGAGCGAUCUCGACGAGGGUCACUUGCGCAAAAUGUUGAGCUAUGAGGUAGAGCAGUACUUCUAUAGUAACGUCGUCCCGCUCCUAAAUGAUGAUAUUGGCAUUGCCAAAUGCCUCACCGCUACGCAGGGUGCAGAUGGCCGAAAAGGUGAAGAGAAGCUAGAUGGCUUGAUGGCCACUAUCAUGGUAGACCUGCGUCCAAGGUUCCCAGUUGCUGGUGAGAAGAGAAGCAUGCUUGAUCAUACCCAAGUGCGUGGAGUUUUAGACUGGUUGGCUAGUUUCCACAGCAACUCAAGAAGUCUUCUACCCAAAACCCUGGAUAGUUACGUGCUGCCCCCAUUGCAAGAAUGCACCCGAAGAAACGGAGCAAAUCAGAACGGCGGAAAUGGGCUGUGGCUCAACGGAGGAUACACAUAUCUUGCAACACGGCGGAAAGAGUAUGCCUCUCUAGUUGAAGAUGACUCCGAGUGGUCGGAGGCCAUGUGCAAAGUCCCGGAGCACACCUCCUUUUCCAUUGCCGAGAUGGCUGCACUGUUAUUGACGCCGCGAGGAAGAUCAGUCGAGUCAUACAUUCAUGGCGACGUGAAGUCGGAGAACCUCUUCACAAACAAGGGCGGCGAUCAGGUUGCGUUUUUUGACUUCCAGUACGUCGGGCUUGGGUUGGGAGUUUGUGACCUUGCGAAACUAUUCACCUGCUCGGUCCCAUUGCAUCUGUUGCUUGAUGGUCAAGGCUUGCCAAACCAAUUAAAGAUGCGCGAGGGCGAAAGACAACUUCUAGACCGAUACAGGAAGAGACUUCUUCAGGACCAAGAGAUUGUAUAUGAAUGGGAGACAUUCGAACGCCACUGGGAAACAGCUCUUGUUGACUGGUGCAGAUUCCAGGCUUCGUGGGGAUUCUGGGGCAACACAGCAUGGCUAAAAGCUCGCGUGCGUUCAAUUCUGGCUGAUCAAGCGUGGCAAGAAUGGCUGCAGCAGCAACUCGUUCAAAGCCAGCAGCUUUAA